AUGGCCCUCACACACCAGCAGUUUCGUCGAGAAGAAAAAACCCUCUUAUCGUUUGCGAUUCGAAGAAACCAGUUGAACCAAAAAAAAUCAGUUUCAGGUCUAACGAAUGAGUCCAUUCAUUGGUACAGUGAGCCAUUGGAUGCGGAUGACCUCUUUGCUGGUCUCUUUCUGAUCGUUUUCGCAUUGAUCUUCGUUCCUCUCUACGCUCUGGUCGCAUAUGUGAUGUUUCGUGACGACAAGGAGAUUAUCGGAUUUCGCUAUCUGUUCAGUGCGGCAAUCGCUGAUAUAUUGUUGUUGAUCAAUUACGGUAUUGUGCCAGGCAUAUCGAUUUUGUUCAAAUCACAACUGAUCGCUCCGAAUGCGCGACACUGGCUUCAGAUCUACCUUGACUGGGCAUGGUUCUCAAUGUGCUAUCAUUAUUCACUGAUAUCGUGGUCGAGAUUCGCCGCUAUACGCUCACCGCAUUCGUUUCGAAUCCAAUCAAGGUGCUUGUCCUACACGCUUUGUGCUGGUUGUUAUGUGCUAGCGCUCAUUCAGGUUCUCUGUACACAUUUUCGAAGUUGGUAUGUGACAUUUUAUUAUGAGCCAAGCGCAUACGGGAUGUUAUCGGAAAAUUUCAAUAAAUACCUCGAAGACGGGCAGAGUUCAUUCUUCAUGUCGUUUCAUGUUAUCAUGAUGGUUAUACCGCUCUUUUUCUACACAUGGUCAAUAUGGCUUCUGACGAAACACCGUAAUGGCAUUACGACGAAUCGAAGAAGGUCCUCAUUCUCUUCAGUGAUCACAAAAUCAAAAUCACGAGUUGAAAUGAGACUUAUUUUGCCGUGUGUCUUCAACGCUGUUGUGUUCACAAUAGGUCAAGUGUUGAUGACAAUCGGUACAGGUGAAGGGAAAUGGGCCACCUGGUCUGUAAUGGUUCUUUUUAGCACCAACUCAGCUGUCAAUCCUGUGCUGCUGAUUAUUUUCUCGGCUGUCAUAAGGUUAAUUUUCAUAAAUUUCUGUCCAUCGCGCCAUAUCAGUUCAAGAUUGAAUGUUCAUGAAUUGAUUUAUGAUCAAUCCAUAUGA